AUGGGAUCUGUCUCAGAGCAACAGUUGGACGUGCUUAUUGUCGGCGCCGGCUUCAGUGGGAUAUGCCAGGCAUACACCCUGCGUAACCUCGGACUGUCCAUUAAAGUCAUCGACUCCCUUCCGGAUGUUGGAGGUACCUGGCUCACUAAUAUCUAUCCUGGAGCUUUGAGCGACACGGAGAGCUUUGUGUAUCGUUUCUCUUGGGACCGCGAAGACCAGAAGGCUCAUCCGUGGAAUCGCCGCUAUCUUCGACAACCCGAGAUCCUAGCAUAUCUUAAUCGCAUCGUUGCAAAGCAUGAUCUACGCAAGUACAUGCAGUUCAACACGGAAAUGUUAUCGGCGACGUGGGAUCAGGACACUAGUAUGUGGGUUAUCCAGACCAGCACGGGAGAAAUCUUCCGCGUUCGCUAUUUCAUUCCUGCGUUGGGUGUCUUGUCCAAAGUCUACCUCCCUGAUAUCCCUGGAGUCUCCACCUUCAAGGGCUGUUUUACGCACUCGUCAAGCUGGCCCAAGGAUCUGGAUGUCAGGAACAAGCGUAUUGGAGUUAUAGGCUGCGGUGCCAGUGGAGUCCAGAUCAUCACCAACACUGCUCCCAUUGUCAAGUCAUUGACGGCGUUUAUCCGUCACCCGCAGUUCACGGUGCCUAACAAUGACAGAGCCCUUUCACACGCUCAUAUGGACUGGCUCAAUGACAACUACGAUCAGAUAUGGAAUCAAGUUCGGGACUCCUUUUCUGGGUUUGGCUUCGUCGAGUCCAAUCGUCCGUUCUUUUCCGUCACCCCCGAGCGACGUCAGGAAUUGCUGGAGGAUCAAUGGAAUAAUGGCAACGGGAUUCAUUUCCUACUGGAGAGCUUUAGCGACAUCGUCACGAACCAGAAAGCAAACGAGGAGGUAUGCGAGUUUCUCCGCAACAAGAUUCGCUGCAUUGUGAACGACCCCAAAAAGGCCAGUAAGCUUAUCCCUGAUGAGCUUUUUGCGCGCCGCCCCGUGUCGAACGAUGGGUACUAUGAGACCUUUAAUCGCGAGAAUGUGUCCAUUGUGGACCUGAAAGCGCACCCCAUCGUGGAGAUCACUCCUGACGGUAUCCGGACCGGAGACGGCACCCUUCAUGAACUGGACGUGAUCAUUUUCGCUACCGGGUUCGAUGCCAUUGAAGGCAACCUCAUGCGCGUCAAUAUCACUGGCCGCGAUGGCAGUACUCUCAAGGAUGUAUGGGCUGCUGGGCCAACGGCUUAUCUUGGAAAUUUCGUGUCUGGUUUUCCGAACAUGUUUAUUGUCAAUGGUCCGCAGUCGUCCUUUGGAAACGUUCCGCAGACAAUUCAAGCAAGCGUUGACGUGAACACAUGUGCUAUUCAGCGAGCAGAAGCAGCGAGACGCGAUUUGGGCUCUAAGGGUAUCGUCGUUGCCACGCCCGAGGCACAGGAGGGGUGGGACAAGCUCUGCAGGGAACUGGCCAAAGAGAGCAUCUUCAGCAAAUCAAAGUAUUCCUGGAUUAACGGAGGCAAUAUACCUGGCAAGUCUCACGGCGUGAGGGCUUAUUUGGGUGGGCUCAAUCGUUAUAGAGCCGUGUGGAACAAAGCUGUCAAUGAAGCUUGGGAAGGCUUUCAGCCGCUUUCCUAA